CCAUCUUGUUGUUGAUCCGUACCCAGUGGGCAGCGCCAGGAGCUGGACCGAGCGGCCGGUGCGGGGCCGCUGCUGCGGGGCUCAGCCACCUGCGCUGCCUGCCAGGGGGCGGGCCGAAACCCGGAGGCCCGGGGGGCCCAGCUCCCGUGGGGAGCCUUGGGCGCCCGCUGCCCGGGUCGGGCCGGUGAGUGACAGGAGUCCGGGCCGAAAGACCCGCCCGACACCCACGAACAAUACGCUAAGCAGACUCUGACCAUUGGCCUCCCACUAGCAAGGAUCAACCUAACUCUCCAUUUGUGGUCCAUGUGCUGCAUCGUCUGCCUUCAGUGUGCAACAGGCCCCCAACGCAAUGUGUGUUUGUCAAACCAUGGAAGUGGGGCAGUAUGGCAAGAGUGCAAGUCGGGCCGCAGACCGAGGAGUGCUCCUGGAGCCCUUCAUCCACCAGGUGGGCGGGCACAGCAGCAUGAUGCGGUACGACGACCACACCGUGUGCAAGCCUCUCAUCUCCCGAGAGCAGCGCUUCUACGAGUCUCUGCCUCCCGAAAUGAAGGAGUUCACCCCUGAAUACAAAGGCGUGGUUUCUGUCUGUUUUGAGGGAGACAGUGAUGGUUACAUCAACUUGGUAGCUUACCCUUAUGUGGAGAGUGAGACUGUAGAGCAAGAUGACACCCCAGAGCGGGAGCAGCCUCGGCGCAAACACUCCCGUCGGAGCCUGCAUCGGUCAGGCAGUGGUAGUGACCACAAGGAGGAAAAGGCCACCCUGUCCUUUGAGACCUCUGAGAGCUCCCAGGAAGCAAAGAGUCCAAAGGUGGAGCUGCACAGCCACUCAGAUGUCCCUUUCCAGAUGCUAGACAGCAAUAGUGGUCUGAGCUCUGAGAAGAUCAGCUACAACCCCUGGAGCCUGCGCUGCCACAAGCAGCAGCUGAGCCGCAUGCGCUCUGAGUCCAAGGACCGAAAACUCUACAAGUUCCUCCUGCUGGAGAAUGUGGUACACCACUUCAAGUACCCCUGUGUGCUGGACCUGAAGAUGGGUACCCGGCAACAUGGGGAUGACGCGUCAGCGGAGAAGGCAGCCCGGCAGAUGAGGAAGUGUGAGCAGAGCACAUCUGCUUCACUGGGGGUCAGGGUCUGUGGCAUGCAGGUAUACCAGCUGGACACAGGUCAUUACCUCUGCAGGAACAAGUACUAUGGUCGUGGACUCUCCAUUGAAGGCUUCCGCAAUGCCCUGUAUCAAUACCUGCACAAUGGCUUGGACCUGCGACGUGACCUCUUUGAGCCUAUCCUGAGCAAACUUCGGGGCCUCAAAGCUGUGCUGGAGCGGCAGGCCUCCUACCGUUUCUACUCCAGCUCUCUGCUUGUCAUCUAUGACGGCAAGGAGUGUCGGUCGGAGCUUCGUCUCAAGCACGUGGACAUGGGGCUCCCUGAGGUGCCACCAUCCUGUGGCCCCAGCACUAGCCCUAGCAACACCAGCCUUGAGGCUGGCCCCUCUUCUCCGCCCAAGGUGGAUGUCCGCAUGAUUGACUUUGCACACAGCACAUUCAAGGGCUUCCGGGAUGACCCCACUGUUCACGAUGGGCCAGACAGAGGCUAUGUGUUUGGCUUGGAGAAUCUUAUCAGCAUCAUGGAACAGAUGCGGGACGAGAACCAGUAGGCCCAAGUCUGGGCCUUAGGCCCCUUCCUCUCCACCCAUAGGCAGGGACCAUUGCUCUGAACUUGCUGUGAGGACACACAGACUUGCUUUUAAAGGGUUAUAUUUCUCUUUGGUGUAAACUAAAAGAAAUGUUUUUAGCUGUAGCCUGGAAUCCAUAUAUAUAAAGGAGGGCAGAACAUAACGUCCUCUCAGCCAGGCUCCUUAGCUUUGUGGCUCUGACUGCUGUGUCCAGGCUGACUCAGGAAGGAAGAGGUAGGCCCACUGGGCUUAGCAGCAGAGACAGAAUGCCUCUGAACUUUGGUUUCUUUGCCUAAGGUGUUGGGCUCUGUGGCUGUAGGGCUCUGCUGAUAAGAGGUGAAGCCCUUGGCCGGCACAGGGCCUUUCCAUGCCUACUCACCCCUUGUUUCUCAGAAUUGGAGAAGGUUAAGUGCCCACAUAUUGGGGGGCCUCUCUAGUUCUGUGCCAGUGCUUGAACAUACGCCCUCACUGCACAGAUGGACUCAUCCUUGGGUCUGAUUUUGGCAUGGGUCUACAUUUGUAAAGCUGAGCUAAGGCCAACUCACAGCAGAGGGCAGGCCCUGGGUUCCCUAGGUACCCACUGGCAUGUAACCCUGCUCCUCUGUCCACAACCCCAGCCAAACUCUCGCAGAGUUCCCUUGCCUAAGGAGGCCACAUAUCCUCCUGUCCCACUGAGAUGGGCACUGCUCUGUUUGCUGAGAAGAGUAAGUGUCCCAGGUGGCCUAAGGGCCUUUACUGGCUCUGACCCAGACAGUAUUUAGCAGUUCUUGGGCUUUGGGGCCUGGGGAUUGCCCCUUCCUCUAGUUUGGGCAGCUGUGCUGCCUCUGGAUGGGCUGUGGCCUGCUCAGGGUCUGGUCUUCUCCAGGCCAGGCUCAAGGCAGCAGCCCAUUCUGUGGUGGUCCAGGCUUUUGGCUUGGAGGGAGACUUUUAAACUCUUGUCUGCUUUUAGGGACAUAGGGCCCUGGGAACAGGUGCCCAGAGUCUGCUGAGAGCUUUGUCUGAUUAAUCCUGGGGUCUGCCAGUAAGUCCGUUUGUCCACCUGCUAGCCUGUUUCGUGGUGAGCUUUCUGGAGUAUAGCCUUGUUGAUUAGUAUAUAUUGAUUUCCUUCAUGCUUUCCUCAGCAGAGUAUUCUUUCCUUUUGCUGAAGUGAGCCUUUACUUCUGUGCCCUUCCUCAGCAGGUUCUGCUGUUUUACAAGCCUGAUAGCAGAAUGAUUUGUGGUGGUGUUUACCUGCUGGCCCAGUGGCCUUCUUGUGGGCCUGGGGUAUGGCCUUCUACACCAACAGUGGAGCAAUGAAGGCUCAAGGAGUGAUCCUGACCUAUUGCUUUAUUUUUGCUAUGAUCCCUUUGAUGGUAGAGACCUGCUGCCGGUAAUAUAGGUAUCUAGCAGGUUACACUACACUCAGCCAUUGCCAAGGCGAGCAACAUUGUCUAGGUCUGUGGCCAGCAGCAUCACUUCUGACGGGACUGUUGUGGCAUUUGAAGAUAAUCCUGCCAACCUUUGAGAGAUACUGGUAACUAAUGACAUAAUUUCCUGGUUCUUAGAGAUGCAGCCUCUGUAAAGGACUCCUUGACAGGGUCCUGGGCAUGGUCUUCUGACCCUGGUGCCAGUGGUGGGCAGGUUCCCAUUCCUUAGGGCCGGGAGGCACAGCUUUGCCCGUUUUUGGUUAGUAACAACUGUCUUCUGUCCAGUAGUAGUCUGUUGCUUCAUCCAUGGGGGCAAGUAAGUGUUCUUUGGUGUGGACUCAUCUC